AUGGAUGGACGCCGCUACAAUGUAAUGACAACAAAUAUUGCGGAGUCAAUAAACUUAGUCCUUAGGUUUGCAAGGAUGCUACUAGUGGUUCAUUUGAUAGGGGAAAUUAUAAAUCUGCUUGUGAAAUGGUUCACCGAAUGUCGUGAGUUGGCUUUGAAAUGCACAACAACAUUGUGCCCCAAUUUUGGCGAAAAGAAGUUGAGGAAUAAGUUGGAUGAUGCUUCAAGGAUGAAUGCCAUUAAACUAAAUAACGCACAAUAUAAUGUUGUGGACGGUGAUAUGGACGGCCUCGUACAUAUGACGAACAACAGUUGUAGUUGUAGGAAGUUUCAGCUUGACCAGCUACCUUGCAAGCAUGUAGUUGCAGUUUUCCGCUUCUUGAACCAAAAUGUACACUCCAAGGCUUCUCGGUAUUACAGUCAAAAUACCUGGUUGGAUGCUUAUUCGGAUAGCAUCUACCUGGUACAGCCUCAGAGAAUGUGGGUUAUUCCUGAAGAUGUCCAAAGUCAAGUUGUGCUACCUCCCAUGGCAAAGGUCAUGCCAGGCAGACGGAAGAAGCUAAGAAUUCUCUCACAAGGAGAGGGCACCAUUACAAGAAAGUGCUCAAGGUGCGGUUCCACAUGGCACAAUAAAACCACCUGUGAAAACAAUAUUCCACUACGCAAUGUAUCUUAG